AUGCCCAACACGCCUCCAAACGAGCACGACUCUGAUGAGGACGUCGAGUUCGAGGAUGUCCCCCUCCAACCAGCUCCAGCUCAACCUCAACUUCCCUCUACAAAUGGCUCAGACCUGCCCUCUGAACAUGCCGGCCCCGUAUCCACCAACAUGCCAUGGGUCCCGCCACUCCGCAUCCCACAGCAGCGUGGGGCGCCUCUAGCCUCGGGCUCAAAUGCAGAGGUACAGCUCCGAGGCCGUUUGAGCACGGCAAUCGAUCGAAUCAACUUCCGCCAAAUGAAAGCACAGAUGGGUAUGGACACGACAAACACUCAGCCCGGUCACAGCCGGUACACCUGCAUCCGGCAACUGGCGGAUGAUAUCGAGGGUACGGCUGAUAUGCUCUGGGAGUCAGCUACUCCCUCAAUCCAAGUCGAAGGCCUGAUCACUCUAGCCGGCAUCUUGGAACGGUCCUUGGGAACUUACCCCUUCGAUGCAGAACCAACCCUAACCAUCCUCAACAAGCUGGACUACUUCUUCAUCACGCUUAUGCAGGGCGAGCACUCAGAGUCGCACACACCUCUACCUGGUGUCAACCCGGACCGGCCUUUCGUCACCCAGACGCAAAAGGUGCGCAUUCGCAGUAUCGCCGAGACUACCCGCAGCAAUCUCUUUGCGAUGAUGCCCAUGCCCCAGGAUGAUGAAGAUGGUACUGACCAGGAUGAUGAUUCGGAGGAGCCGGAGAUGCCGGAGAUGCCGCCGUGGAUGAUGCAGGCGAGUCGUGUUUAUGAGCGUGUGCUGAUGCUGCUGGGGGAUCAGGGAGAUCCGAAUGAGGCUGGGGGUUAUGAGUUUGAGUAG